AUGUCCCCUUUCCCCGAACCCUCAUCACCAUACCAGACGGCUAUGUAUGCCCUUGCACAUGCCCUUGCGCAUGCACCUGCACCUGCACCUGCACCUGCGGGCCGUGAUACGUCGCCGCUGACCCAGGCAGACCUGGGUCCUGGCCCGACCCGACUGACGCCCAGACGUUGCCCGACGGGAGGCUUUGUUCCAUUGCAGAAGCACGAAAGAAGAGAAGAAGGAAAGCAAGAAAGCAAAAGAAGAAAAGAGGAAACAACUUACAUCAGGGAACGCGGUAGAAGGAGAAAGGAGCCCACAAAGAAGUCCACAAAGAAGUCAACGGAGAAGAAGAAAAGCAAGAAGGAAAGCAAGAAGGAAAAGCAAGCAGAAAAGCAAGCAGAAAAGCAGAAAAGCAAGAAGAAGAAGAAGAAGGAGAAGAAGAAGAAGAAGAAGAAGAAGAAAAAGAAGGGGACCGAACUCAGAGUCAGAACCCAAAAGAAGACGGUUGGACAAGCAUCAGCGAGGUUUCGAAGGGCAGGGCCGGUCCACCCCUCAUCCCUCCACACUGAACGGGGUCUGCGUGCAUCUGGAUCCCUGCCUGCCCGACCUUCCAACUUCCCCCCUUCCCCCCCCCCCCCUAACCAACAGAGUCAAGCCGAGCAGUCGUCCCCGGAUCAAGAAUCAUCAUCCAUCCCCAUCGCCAUCGACGACUAG